ACUAGAGGGUUAUGUGUGAACAAGUUGCACAGUGACAAUGAAUCAUAACAGCGUGAUGUGGCCUUACUUAGAGUUGGCAGACGUUAUGUUAAAACUGAGAAAUUUAGAGGAAAUAAAAGAAUGUGUGCACAAUAUUGUGGAGAGAAUUGAUUCGAUCAAGAAGAAAGGUGAAUUGUGGAUUGAAGAAAAGGAAACAUCAACUUUCAUAGACAUCAAACACUACAUCACUGAGAAAACAUUAGAAGUUGUACAAAGUUUAAUUUCUAUAACAAGCAGUACAAUUCAAAAGUUUGUAGACUCACCUUCAGAACAAGCUGACACAGAUGCAUUUAAUGUUUUAAACUCUAGUUCUAUUGAUUUAGAAAGUGAGAAAUUUCAAGAAACAUUUCGUGAGUUAGAUUCGUGUGUUACGUUACAACGAAACAUUUUAAAGAGGAUUCAUCAACAACUACAAGAUCCACAAACACUCAAGCAAAAAGUGGAUGAUGAUUCUGCAUCAAAUUUGAAGGUCAUGGAAACGUUUGAAGGGAAGCUCAAUGAGUUCAAAGUUCAAUCUAAACAUAAGGUGAAGGCCGCUAAUACUUUCAGGUCACAUCUACAAAGUCAAUAUGAGAGUUUGUUAAAAGAAAUAUCGGAUAGUCAAGUCAUGGACAAAGAGCAAGAUACAAAAAUUGAGCUUAUGGCAGUGAAGACAGGAUUCCUGGUCAAGAAUCAAGAGGACAUAAAUAAAUACAUUGAGGCUAUCUUACAUGAACAAGGAGACUUCAGCUAUCACAUGGAAAACGCCUUGCAUAAACGUGUUUCCUGGGAAUUACUUUGUAAAGAGACUGGUAAUCUGAGUGUGAAGUGUUUUAAAGACUGUCCUCAUAUUAUAGGUCAUCAUGAACAGCAAAUAUCAGAAGGUGGAGAGGCUGACCUAUAUAUACAUUUGGAAAGCUGUAAAAAAAAUCCAGGUCAUACCAAGUUCGUACCUAUUGAUACUUUCACUCUAGAGCAUCUACCUGAGAUUCACCGUUACAUUGACUUAUAUGCAUUGAUUAGGUCUGCAGCUGACCUGACAGUGAGAGUGAGUGUCACUAUGACGAGUCCAGACAGACCAGAGUUCUGGCCAAACACAAACAUCCCAUAUUUUUUGUAUCACGUGAGAGAAAGUGAAAGUCUAAGAACAGGAAGCGGAAGAGUCAGCAGAGUUGUGAAAGGGAAAGAAGAAAUGUGUCAGUGUACACAAUGCAAACUCUCAGCCAGCCCAAACAAAGAUUGGUGGACUAUCACAGUAUGGACAGCGGCCAGUUUAGUGUUUGACGAGACUGAGGCGAAUCACACGAGCUUGAGAUUCUUUUACGACAAGACAGAUAACCCAGAGAUCACUGUCACAGUUGUCGUUCGUGAGCUGCUCAAAGACGUUAGCGUAGACUAUUGUGUCUUUGACUGCGUGACUUGUGACAAGACUCUUGUGGACAAACUUGAGCCACUGGUACAAAAAUGUGACGAUCUUUACCUCAAAGUAAACGAGAAGUACAAAAAAACGAAAGACAUUCAUCAGUUGAUGUUCAUUGUGUCACACCCGCACGGAUGUACUAAAAGGUUGAGUAUUGGCCGAUGGCAGAAGAAAUACUUAAUGGGAAAUCGUUCUAAGAAAUAUACUUACUUCACGUGUACAUGUCCAGGUAGCAGUGGAGCCAGUGUCUAUUGUCUAGGCCCGGGGUCGGCAACCUGCGGCUCGCGAGCCACAUGCGGCUCUUUGGAUGUGAAGCUGCGGCUCUUUCGUUCCAUACGCAAAUAUUAUUUAUUUUAUCGAAAUUUUUUUUCUCAAAAAGUUCUGAAUCGUUUAACGAGGAUUAGGAACUGAUUCUAUCUUCAGCCACUUGUAGUCGCUUUUCACCACACCACCCAUUACACGCGUCGUCACUGUAAUCAGUCCGUCGGAAGCUCUUGAAUGACGCCGUCGUCUGAUGCUUCUAUGUACGCUUUAAUUCGCUUUUGGCUGUGACGUAUAGUUUAUUGUUUCAGGUAAAUGAGUUAGAAGCGAUGAGCUGAAUGUUAAACCACAAGGAAAUAGAAACCCAGCUGAUGUUAGGGUAGAAGAUUAGCCUUCUUUUGAAAAAAAAAUUAUUGCAGAAGAGCGGUAAGUUACUUUUUUAUUAAAUGUCUAAAGAAAUAUCGCGAUAAUAUCAGUGCAACUGUUGACACGAAUUACUUCAGCAGUUACAAAAAAUAAAUAAUUCAAAGAUGAAUUUGUUGACAGUUUUCUAUGACAGUUAUAAAGAAUUACAAACUAACAAACUCAUUCUAGCAUUACUAGUAAAUCAACACAUAUAGUAACGGAAUCCACAUUGAUCCAUUUGAAAUUGAUACUGGCUUUCUAGAAAUGCCAUUGAUUGAAAGUAAAACUUUGUGGAUUUGAAUAUUUAAAGAGUUGAAAAGCAAGUUGGAAGAGUUGUAAGUCCAGAAAUGCAUGUACGUAACGCAACAAGUGGACAUUUUUAAAAAAUGCCGCGAGUUGAUUCGGCGCAAGGAAUAAUCUUCCCGUUUGCAACAUUGAGGUGAAGAUGUUGGCAUAUCGAGUGCUUAUUCGGAUCUACAUAUUCGUCCGAGCAAGCGUUCUUUUGCAUGAUAUUAUUAAAAGUAAGAAGUCAACAAACAAAUGAAAAUUUAGAGUCGUGUUUGAAACUAAAAACAAUAAGUUAUGAGCCAAAUGUAUACAAAAUUUCUAAAACCAAAGCCAUCGCUCCCAUUGAAUUUGUUUGCUUAAUUGCUUGUUAUUGAAGUACAAGUUAGUGUAACAAAUAAAAUGUUUAACUGCUUUAUUGGCUACCAACAUAAACAAAACUAUUAUCUAAUAAUGCCAUAUAUAUAUAUAUUAUCUACCUUUGCUGUGAAAACACUACUUAGGCCUAUAUAUGAAUAAAUAAAUAUUUUGUCUUUUGAAAAGAUUCUUUUUUUUUUCAUAAAAACAAUAGUAAUGUGAGUACUAUGUGUUGUUGGCAAGAAAAAAAAAAAAAAGUGGCUCUUUCAAAUUUAAAAAUUUUGUAAAUUGUAAUUUUUGGCUCUUCCGACUC